AUGAACUGGAUGCAGGAUAUGGGUUUUCUUGUGCAGCCGUCAGGCUCGGAAGGGCUGCAAAUCACCCUCACAGACGACCUCUGGAUGGAGCUCGGGUCCGGAGCUGGUCUUCUGGCGACUGUCCUCCCGGCUUCUGUGGGCUUGCUCAUCCUCGUGUACGAUCUCGCCGCGACCCUUCAGUACCCCAAGUCCGUGCAGAAGGUCUAUCGGACUCUGACGUCCCCGUUCCGAAAUUUCCUGACGUUGGACGACCUGGAGGACGCUCCAGGUGAUCCUGUAGCGGUGCCUGUGUGGAAGCGUCGCACCUUGGUCGCGCUUGCCGCCGUGGAGUGCGGUGCAUGGGCUGCGGCGUUCGCAUAUGCGGCGGUCAUGAACGAUGUCGCGUUUGGAGCCCGCACUGCGGUCGGGGUUGUAACAUGGUUCUAUGCUACGUUGAGGACCUUGUUCAGACCACCCACGACACCUCCGUACCUCUUAAUUUUGCACUAUCUCACAUAUGCUGGCCUGGCAUUAAUCGCCGUCUCACUAGAAUUCAUAGACGGGCCCGGGAGGAGUAGUCCCGGCGUAGUUGCACUGAAUGCACUGCACUUCAGUGUGUCAAUGGUGCUCACCUGGAUAGCUGGGACGUUCCCCUUACAGCCCGUCCCCCCCGUCAAAAAUAUCGCGAAAGGAACUGAUGUACCCUCGAACGACCUGUCCAUGCCAGAAGACGGCGUCAACCUGUGGUCCUGGUCGAACUUCUCCUUCAUCCAGCCACUCUUUGAUGUCGCGAACAGGCGAACGUUAAACGAGUCAGACGUGUGGAGCUUGUCUCCGUUUUUCACGCAUAAGAAUUUGUUCACAAAAUACCUCAAGUAUCGCUCGGAAUACCCCACACACUCUGUCCUCCGUUUCCUGCUUGUGUCGAACUCACUAGACCUCAUACUAGAUAUCGUACUAGACCUCUGGAGCGCUGUUUUCGGCUUUAUACCCCCGUAUGCCCUCCAGCGCAUGCUUUCCGCACUCGCGGAUCCUUCGCCUGACGCGAAGAAGUCCGCCUACCUCUUUGCACUCAUCACCUUCCUGGCCAACCUGUCAUUCGCGCAGAUCGACCUGUACAAGAUGUGGCACGCUCGCCGCUCCUACGAGCGCAGCCGUGGGCAGCUCUUCUGUGCUCUACAUUACAAAGCGCUAACGCGUCGUGAUGUUGGCAGCACCACAAGCCAUGAUAACGAGGACAGCCGUGGAAGUGCUGACCUGGGCCAGAUAGUCAACCUGAUGCAAGGCGAUGCGUAUGCCGUCGCGCAUCGGUUUUGGUUCUUCUCAGGCAUCUUCACAGCGCCCGUUCGCCUGGUAAUUGCCAUGGUGUUCCUGUAUAGAGUCCUUGGAUGGAGCUCUCUCGCGCCAGUCGUCAUCGUUAUUGUGACAUAUAUUCUAAACUACCCGUUGGCGAAAUAUAAUAUCCAUAUUACGCGUCGAUCUUGGGAAGCACGCGACCGGCGCAUGAACAUGGUGAACGAGCUCUUCCAAAAUGUUCGGUUCCUGAAGUUCUACGGCUGGGAAUCACGAUGGGCCCAGCUGGUCAAGGGUUCCAGAGAAACGGAGCUCAAAUGGCGCGUGAAGCAAAACAUCGUGAGCGUCGCGAUAGCCUUCGUCUGGACGUGGAUGCCCUCUGCAACCGCACUGUCGUCGUUUCUCUGUUACACACUCGUUGCUGGGGAGAGACUGACUGUCUCGAAGGCAUUCACGUCCAUCGCACUCUUCUCCCAGCUGCAAGGACCCAUGACCAUGCUUCCCGAGGAGAUUUUCGCUUGGCUGCAUGCUUAUGUUAGCAUGCAGCGCAUUGAAGCGUUCCUCAGCGAGGCGGAGGUGCCCGACUGGGCAUCUUCUCUGAAGAUGCCGGUUCAUGCGAGAGAGACGCUUCCGAAUGAAGUCGGCUUUGUGAAUGGGUCGUUCGAAUGGGAUGUGUCUCCUGCAAGAACGCCCUCCAGAUUCACGCUUGGCCCGCUAGAUAUCAAGUUCCCUAUUGGCAAGCUGUCGCUGGUGAGUGGAGCGACUGGGUCGGGAAAGAGUGCUCUACUGGCUGCCUUGCUGGGAGAGAUGCGCUGUCUCUCCGGUAGUGUCAUUCUGAAUAAGGCCUUGCAUCGGGUCGCGUAUUGCGCCCAGAACCCCUGGCUUGAGCAUGCCACCAUUCGCGACAAUAUCAUUUUCGGCUCGGCAUUCGGAUACGACGAAGGACGCUAUGCCGCUGUCAUCGAAGCCUGUGCUCUUUCGAAGGACCUUCUAAUCUUGGAAGCCGGUGAUAUGACAGAAAUCGGUGAGAAGGGCAUCACGUUGUCGGGUGGCCAGCGCGCUCGGAUCGCGCUGGCGCGUGCGCUGUACUCUCAAGCCACAUGUAUAAUACUUGAUGACCCCCUCGCAGCAGUAGACAUGCACACGGCACAGCACUUGGUGAAGAACGCUCUGUCAAGGGAGCUUGCUCGUGAUCGGACGAUAAUUCUUGUUACUCACCAUAUCAGUCUCUGUCUGCCGUUGGCAUCGUACCUCGUUGAACUUUCCAGUGGGACCGUCUUACGCCGAGGUUCCGUGCAAGAAUUGCAAGAACAAGGCCAGCUUGACAAGGUGGUUGAAGCGGAAGACAUGGCUGAAGGAGAGCCCCAAUCGUCGACCAAAGAAGUCGAGAAUGAAGCUGAUCUCCAGGUGCAAGAGGACGAAGCACAACCCAAGGCGAUAAUUUCCGACGGCAAGUUGAUUGAAGCAGAAGCUCGCGCGGAAGGCAGAGUCUCGAUACAUACGUAUCUGACCUACGUCCGCGCCGCCGGUCUCUUCUCUUGGUUCAUGACCAUUCUUCUUAUGCUGUUGAUUCGCCUUAUCACCAUUGGUAACCAAUUCUUUUUGGCAAAGUGGGGUGAAGCAUACGAAGAUUCCGAACCUUCAGUCGGUGUCUACUUCAGGAAGAUUUCGAACAUUUCAACCAUCUGGGAAAGCCUCCCGCCGCCGGAUGUGGACGUGAAGCCAUGGCUCAUGAUACUCUUGUUGAUUUCACUGUCAGGAGCGUUCUCUGUCCUUGCUUAUAUCUCCAUUGGCUACUAUGCAAGUCUUCAAGCAUCUCGCGUGUUGUUCAUAUCAAUGCUACAAAGGCUUGCAAGGGCGCCUGCCCGAUUCUUUGACGUCACUCCAAUUGGCCGCAUACUCAACAGGUUCACUUCGGACAUAAACACUGUUGACGACGCUCUCCAGAGUUCGGCUAGAGCAGCUUUGUCUGGUGGUCUCAAUUUCCUCGCAUCGUUCACGGUGAUCAUUUCUCUCGUGCCGUCUUUUACUCCCUUCGCAGUGAUUAUUGCGUGGCUCUAUAUCCGUAUAGCUCCGUCAUAUGUGCAGGCUUCCCGGGAUUUGCGCCGACUCGAAUCGAUCUCUCUGUCACCUGCGUUCGCUGGUUUUGAUGAGCUGCUAAGAGGUCUCGCCCAUGUGCGCGCGUUCGGCAUGGAGGAAAGAUAUCAAGAUAGGUUCUACAAAAGGGUCGAUAAGUUCCAGUCGUUUGAUCAUGUCUAUUGGCUGGUGACUGGUUGGCUGUCCUGGAGAUACGAUUGUCUUGGGUCUGUGGUUGUAUUUAUGACUACGCUCUUCGCGUUGUGGAGUUCGGUCUCGUCAGGCUUCGCAGCCGUGGUGAUCGUUCAAGCGGGUAUUUUCGCAGAUGCGUCACGGCAGCUCGUCAGGGUUCUGGCUAUGCUCGAACUAGAUUUCAACUCUGUGGAGCGCAUAGUGGAGUAUCUGGGAGUGCCUCAAGAGGCUCCGGAGAUUAUUCCGGAAAACAGGCCUCCAGCGUACUGGCCUUCGAGCAACGGAGAACUCGUCGUCCAGGAUCUCGUUGUCAGGUAUGCUCCAGAACUGCCGUCGGUGCUACACCGGGUAUCAUUCUCUGUGAAGCCCGCGGAGAAGAUUGGAGUGGUAGGUCGAACGGGCUCUGGUAAAUCUACGCUCGCGCUUUCCCUGUUGAGGAUCAUCGAACCGAGUGAGGGCAAAAUAAUAAUCGACAACAUUGAUAUCACCAAAAUUGGAUUAGAUGACUUGAGAAGUCGGAUUACCAUUGUCAGCCAAGACGUGUCGCUCUUCUCUGGCACGAUCAGGGGAAACCUUGACCCCUUCGGGGAACAUUCUGAUCAGGAAUGCUGGGAAGUGCUGGAGAGAUGUCAUCUGACAUCCAUAUUGAAUCAAUCCGCGGUGAAGGCUGAGAGAUCCGAGGUCACCCUCGAUAUCCCCAUCAGUCAGACAGGCUCACUGAGUGCGGGGGAACGGCAACUGGUAGCCCUCGCUCGUGCAGUUCUGCGACAUAGCAACGUUAUCAUCAUGGAUGAAGCUACGUCUCAAAUAGACUCAAAACUAGACGACCAGAUCCAACGGACCGUUCGACAAGAAUUCUGUGGUGCCGUCGUGAUCACCAUAGCUCAUCGGUUGAAAACCGUCCUGGAUUAUGAUCGAAUCCUCGUCCUCGGCGGAGGGCGGAUACUGGAGUUUGACACCCCAAAGGCUCUAAUAUCGAAACCAGGCGGCGUCUUCAGGGAGAUGUGUAGAGCAAGCGCCGACUGGCCGGACUUAUUAGCUGCGGUAGAGCAUCGUUAG